AUGAAGUUCGUAUAUCUUGCAAUCGGAGCCAGCAUCGCUGAGGUCGCAAAUGCCGCUCUGUAUGAGAAUACCACGAGCGCAAACCAUACGUGCUCGAUCCAGACGCCCUACCUUUCAUGUUCAACCAACGCCAACCCUGGGCUUGUCGAUAGUUGCUGUGUCGAGACCUUUGGAGGGUUGGUGAUGGGCACGCAAUUCUGGGACACAUAUACGGGUCUGGAAUCGAAGGGACAGCUGCUUCCUGAACGAUCUUGGACGAUCCAUGGUCUCUGGCCGGACUUCUGCAAUGGUUCAUACACGCAGUACUGCGACCUGAGCCGCCAGUUUGAUCCCGAUCCGUCCCCGAAUACGACGAACAGCUUGCCGAAUGGCACCGUGGUCCCCGCGUACGGUGGCCCCGAUAUCAGCCCCGUCUUCGAAGCGUUUGGAAAACGGGAUCUGCUGGAAUACAUGAACAAAUUCUGGAUUGCCCAAGGCACUCCUAACUGGGAGCUUUGGGCCCACGAAUUCAGCAAGCACGCAACCUGCUUCUCGACGUUCGACGUGGCGUGCUACGGGCCGCAAUACCGCGAGAAUGAGGACAUCAUCGACUUUUUCGAAUCUACCAUCCGCUACUUCAAGAAGCAGCCGACAUGGGAAUGGCUUGCUCGAUGGGAUAUCACACCGUCCAACAGCACGACGUACUCGUUCGCCGAGAUCCGGGAUGCGCUUGCGUCGGAGUAUGGUGCGGUCCCGUACGUCGGAUGCUCAGGGCCGAAAUAUAACGACACGAAAGCCGGUCGUGGGAGUUCUGAUAAUGGAGGUACGGUAUUCAAUGAGGUUUGGUACUUCUCGCAUGUCUUUGGCAAGCCGCAAUAUGGGGAUUACGUCCCUACGGACGUUGGAUCGUUCGCGACGACAUGCGCGAAGACACCUGGGGCAAUCCGGUAUCCUUCACGUACGAAUGGCUCAGAGUGGAGCAGGAAUAAACCGUGA